GGGGACGGACGGCCCCGUCGGGGCUGCUGCGGAUCUGUGGCUGCCUAUUUUACAUCUGCAAAGUUCCUACUUUAUCUUGGGCAUGCACUGUCCACUUGGGGAGAUCGUAUGUGGCAUUUUGCUGUGUCUGUAUUCCUGGUUGAACUUUAUGGAAACAGCUUGCUCCUGACUGCAGUGUAUGGACUGGUUGUGGCGGGAUCAGUUCUUCUCCUGGGAGCCAUUAUUGGAGACUGGGUGGACAAGAACUCCAGGCUCAAAGUGGCCCAGACAUCCUUGGUAGUACAGAAUGCAUCCGUCAUCCUGUGUGGUAUUAUCCUGAUGAUUAUCUUCUUGUUUAAAACACAGCUUUUGACCUUAUACCAUGGAUGGCUUCUUACGAUGUGCUAUAUCCUGGUUAUCACAAUAGCAAAUAUUGCCAAUUUGGCCAGCACUGCCACAGCGAUCACAAUUCAGAGGGACUGGAUUGUUGUGGUUGCAGGGGAAGACAGAAGCAAACUGGCAGAUAUGAAUGCUACAAUAAGAAGAAUUGACCAGUUGACCAAUAUCUUGGCCCCAAUGGCAGUUGGUCAGAUAAUGACAUUUGGGUCUCCAAUGAUUGGCUGUGGAUUCAUUUCUGGCUGGAACCUGAUGUCAAUGUGUGUGGAAUAUCUGCUGCUCUGGAAGGUUUAUCAGAAGACUCCUACUCUGGCUCUUAAAUCUGCAAAAGUUGAAGAAUCAGAACUGAAACAGCUGAAUGUAAAGAAAGAGAGUGAUGGGAAACCAUCUGAAGGAGUGCAGUUAAUUGUUGAGAAAGAUGUAACUGGCUUUGAGCCCCGGCAAGAGAAGGAAGUCGGCUGUGCUGCCCGGAUUGCUGAACCUUUCAUCACAUUCCGUGAUGGAUGGGUUGCAUACUACAACCAGCCAGUGUUUCUUGCAGGCAUGGGUCUUGCAUUUCUGUAUAUGACUGUUCUGGGCUUUGAUUGUAUUACUACAGGCUAUGCAUACACUCAGGGUUUGAGUGGCUCUGUGCUAAGCCUCCUGAUGGGUGCCUCGGCAGUCACUGGAAUCAUGGGAACAGUAGCUUUCACUUGGCUUCGUCGCAAAUGCGGCCUGGUUCGUACGGGCCUAAUUUCUGGAGUUGCUCAAUUUGCUUGUCUGGUCUUAUGUGUCAUCUCCGUAUUCAUGCCUGGAAGUCCUAUGGAUUUGACUGUUUCCCCAUUUGCUGACAUCAGUGCCAGGCUGUUUGAAACGGAACCAUUACCUACUAUAGCAUCUCCAGAAGGUAACCCUGAAAUGAUUUUUGCAACUGGAAUGCCCAACUUGCUAAACGGGUCUACUACUCCUGCUAACAGUGACCCAGAGAUGAGUCCUGAGCCUGUGCCUUUACUCUCUGUUAGUCUCCUGUUUGCAGGAGUCAUUGCUGCUAGAGUUGGCCUUUGGUCCUUUGAUUUGACUGUCACACAGUUGCUCCAAGAAAAUGUAGUAGAAUCUGAAAGAGGCAUCAUUAACGGUGUCCAGAACUCCAUGAAUUACCUUCUUGAUUUGCUGCACUUCAUCAUGGUCAUCUUGGCCCCAAACCCUGAAGCUUUUGGCUUAUUGGUGCUUAUUUCUGUGUCUUUUGUUGGAAUGGGCCACAUAAUGUACUUCAGAUUUGCUCAGAAAAGUUUGGGUAAACAACUUUUUGUUUGUUGCACUCCAGAUCCCAAAGCAGUCUCUGACAGUUCACCACCUGGUAACACAUCUACUGUUUGAAAGGAUCAACUUUCCUUACUAACUUACUACUCAAAUACAAUG